CUUCUUCUUCUUCUUGGCUAAAAUCCGAAAAAAAAGUGGCAUGCGGAGUGCUUGCCUGGCUGCCCUAAGUAACUACUCACGCACACACACACACACUUGCUGGUCCGCUCGAAGGACCAAAAAGAGAGAACAGGCGAGAGCCAGAGAGCGUAAGUGUGUGUGUGGGUGGGCGAGAGAGCCGCGGCUUACACCCACGAUUCAAAUCGAGUCCUCGUGCUCCUUGUGGAUCCCUGCGUUCGCUGUUUUUGUGUGUGUGUUUGCAGCGAAGCCAACAAAAACAACCAGCGGCUGAGAGAAAGCAGAAAGCAGAAGCAGAGCAGCGAAUUAUAUAAAUUUCUUUGCACUGCCCCUGUCUGUGUGUGCGUGUGUGUGUGUGUUAGAUAUACGGGAUUUCCACGACCGUUUUUUUCGGCUUUCUUCUGUUGUAUGGUGUUCGCGUUCGUUCGGUUUUACCGUUCAAAAACUUCGGCAAAACGAAGUGCCCGUGUGUUAUCUCCUUAUGCAAAGAAAAUCUUUUAAAAAAAUUAAUUUGAAAACUGGAAAAAGGUGUUUUAAAGCUUUUGAUUAAAGCCUGUUCCUAAAAGAAAAAAGAUUCCCGAAUCACAUUCCCAUCCAUUAGCAUUACCAUAAUGAUUUUGAGAGAGCGCAAAUAGAGCGCAUUGGGAAAUCGAGAGCGUGAGCGCACAAAACAUUUUCGAACAUUCCCCCCACUAACAUUUUUUUUUGACUGAAAAACACACAUUAAAAUCGGAAAAAUGCCCCUAAAAGUGCCUAACCACAAAUUUCUUUGUCUUUGUGCAGAUUUCUUAAUUAAUUAAUUAUGUGAGCAACCCAAACCCCCUAAAGAAAGUAAAAUAUAAUAAAAGAUAAAGAAAAACCAAUUCAACGAAGCAAACGAAUUUCAAAAUGUCCAAUACCAAAUCCAAUUCCAAGGUUAUUGUGCACCACCAGCAAACGCAACAACAAACACAACAAUAAUAAUAAUAAUUAAAUAAUAAUAUUAUGAGAAUAACAGAAAAUUGAAGCGUAAAGCGGAGUGUGUUUUCGAAAAGUCGUUGAAAAAUCGCGAGAAUCGAAUGCUGGCCAGUGAUUAGCUGGCAAGGGAACUGCGAAUCUGGCCGGGAUUCAUGCCGGAUGUGCUGGAUGUGGACGCAGGGCAGCAACUGAAGCUGGAGCGGCUCUGGCCCUGGGAACAGAGGGAUCAGACGGAUCGAGAGAGAGCCGAUCCAAGCCCACCAAGAAUACCGCUCCGCAGCCCACACUACUGAUGAUGAUGGGGCCAUGAGCCCAUCAUUACUCGCAUUGAAUUGGAGUCGCAAGCGCGUCUCAAGCGGGCCUGCACCAUGCUAGCACCGCCGAACCCGAGGUCAAUAUGCGGCCAGGACCCGGGCUGGUCGUGAUGGCGCUUGCGUUUAUUUCGGGGGCUCGGCGUGGCAGCAGCAGCAGCAUCAGCUCAGCAACAGCAACACCAGCGGCAGCAACAGCGGCAGCAACAUCUGCAUCUGCAUCUGCAGCAGCAGCAACAUCCGCAGCAGCAGCAGCAGCAUCCGCAGCAGCAGCAGCAGCAGCAGCAGCGGCAGCGGCGGCAGGAGCAGCAGGAAGGGGCAGAGGCAGAGGCGGCGGCGGAGGCGGAGACAGAGGAGUUGCAACCACGUUACCGUCCACUGGCGAGUCGUCGUCAUCGUCAUUCGUUCGCAGCUCUGGCUCAUACCUGCUGCCCAUCUUCCUGCCCCACCAUCUCGACUUUGCGCUCCAGUUCCACCCACAACUGCCGCCGAGGUUGUACUACGACCAGGACCACACCGAGCACUCCGAGUCCUGGGUGUCCUCCGCGGGUAUUGCGGACAGGCGGCAGCAGCGGCGACGGCGACGCGAGAGCAGCAGCAGCAGGGAUAUAGCAGGUAGGGCAGGCGGGACGGGGACGGGAACGAGAGCGCCAGGUGUGACAGCCUCCAGCGAGGCCAACAACCAGGAGGAACAGGAGCAGGAGCGGGAGGAUCAGGAGGAGGAGGAGGAGGGGGAUCGCGCAGGCCUGACCGUGCAGUUCCCCUCGUCGCAGGCCUACGACGAGGACCAGGACAUCUUUGCCCUGGUGGCCGAGGACGACCUGCUGUCCGAGGAGUCCUUUGAUCGCCUGAUCAAGCUCAACGAAGACGCCGACGAAGAGGACUACAAUCUGCAUCAGCAGCAGCAGCAGUUGCAGCAGCAACAGCAACCCCAAGCGGAAACGGAAAUAGACACAGAGCCAGAGAGCGAGAGGGAGACGGAGACAGAGACAGAAACGGAAACGGAAACAGAAACCGAACAGCAGCAGCAGGACGAGAGCCGACUGAUUGAUGAGGGUGUCCUGCAGCACAGCGACCACAGCGACAGUCACUCGAAGGAGUUCGCCAACAACUACGAUAAUAACAAUAACAAACGGGAGGCCAGCGGCCACAUCCUUGAUGCCCAGACGGCCCAGUUGAUCGGCCACAAGGAUAACAGCCUGUCCGCCGUGUCCGCCACCACCGAGUCGGCAGGAGCCAGCAGCAGCACCACCACCACAUCCUUGCCAGCACCCGUGGAUCUGAAGAAGUCCAUUCUAGGGACUGCGACUUCGCUAACACGCCUUAAUCCUUGGAUAUCAGCCUGUGAUCUGGCACAGCCGGGCACAGCAACCGACUUGCAGGGUCAGUGCUCGGCUGGAACACUGCCCAUGGCCUGGGUCGAUGAGGGACCCGGGCCCCCAAUCUGCCCCCGAUCCUGCGCCGAGCAGCAGCAACUGAAGCCAGCGGCCUCCAAGGCGAAGCGGAGUGCCACCAGUAACAAUAAAGUCAAGUAUUUCGUAAACUAUAAGACAGCCCAGAUGCGUUUGCGCCGCGGUGGGGACUACGCGAUGGACGCCACCGAGAGCAAUUCCCCGCUGCCGCCGGGCACCAGUAGCAGUAGCGGCAGCAGCAGCACCAUCACCACCACCGACGACCAGGACGUGGACGAGGAUGUGUCCUCCACCACCACCACCACCGAGGAGGCGGUGCCGGAGCCAACGCUGUCCUACAGCCAUCUGCAUGCCCAGGAGCCGCUCCAGGAGCCGGUGGAGGAGGAGCAACAACAGUGCCUUGAAUAUCUGGGCGAUUCCGCCGAGUCGAGUCCGCAGCACCUGUGCGGCCUCCAGUCACCUGGCCAUCUGCUGGAGCGGCUGAGGGUGCUGCGGCUGCGCAACUGCUGCGAGAGGAGCGUCUUCAGUGCCCUCCACACGUUGGCCCUAAAUGCCAGCCUCUCGGACCGGCAGGAGUGCUUCCGCGUCCUCAGCGAUCUGCUGGACGUGGACAACCUGGCCAACAGGAUCACCUGCGAGCUGGCCGAGAUCCUCUUCCGCUUCGACUGCCGGCAGGUCUACUCGCUGAUCAAUCAGUGCGACGAUUGCAAGGAAGCAUAUCGUCGCUGGGUCUGCAGUACACUAGUGCCAUAUUUCGCCGAGCCAAAGGACGUGUCGCCGAAGCCAAAGGACGAUGGCCAGGGAGGUCAGGGAGGUCAGGGCAAGAGCAAACGCUCGGCGAGAAGUGCAGAGGCGGCGGACGGAAUCAAGCAUAAAUCUCUGAAAUUAAUCAGCAAUAACAAUAAAUCAAAUAACGGCAAUAACAUGAACGAGCGUCAGAUUAAUCAGAAGCAUGACAAGAGCUCGACUGCGAAGGCGAACGAGAACCCAAACUCCAACUCGAAUGCGAAUGCGAAGUUGAACUCGAAAGCCAGCAAGGACAUUGACCGCAGCGUGGAGGAGGCGAUUGGCAGGGACCUGGCCCAGACAUUCUUCGAUGUUGUUGGCCUGUCUAAGCCACGGUCCGGAGCAGGAGUGGAGGUCCUGCCAGAUGACGAGCCAGGAGCAGGACCAGCACCCGAUGCGGACCCCGAGGAUGCGGACAGGGAUCGGGAAAGGAACAGGGAGAGGAACAGGGACAGGAACAGGAACAGGGAGACGGACAGGGAUACGCAGGCUGAGGCCGAACAACAAUCCAAUAAUUUCAUAUCGACUGCCAAUAAUUCGGAUCCCAGAGCCACGGAUCCAGUGAUAUCAAAACUACAGAAGAGAUCAACACGCAAGACAGAGUUCCGUAAGCGCCGCCGAAUCCGGCCGUGUCUGAGCGUCUGCCAAACCGUGGAACAAAAGUGCCCCUACCUGCUGCCCGCCGAUCGCGCCCCUGCGCUGCCCACCCAAUAUGCCGGCGAGCCGACAUUUCUCUGCCUAGAUCAAAACAUACCCGAGACAGGGGCGCAGUUGGAGAAAUCGAGCUACGGGCCCAACGACUGCUGCUACAGCUACUGCAACGGACCUGCCUCGGGGAUCUGCACCGUCUGCCAGGAGUUCAGCCAGCCGAGGACGCAGGAGGAGGAGGUCUCUGCCCAGGGGAACUCCUCCACCCGCCGGGUGCACAACAUCACGCUCUCGCUGAGCUCCCAUCCCGGCGAGCAUGCCCGGGCCAAGAGCGUGGCUCUGGCCCUGCGGAACGUGACUCACUCCGGUGGCGAUCCGGAUGCCGUGGAGACGCUGCUCGAACGCCUGCCGUACUAUGCCCGCCACGAGGGGAUCUUCUACUACGACGAGGAGGGCGAGAUGCCGAAGGCGUCGCUCUCCGGCGACUGUGCCGUCGUGCCCCCGGCGACCACGCGCUGCACCAUUCCGUACUACGCCUCUGGGACGGACGGAUCGGUGGCCAAGGCGCCCACGCAGCUGCUGGUCUGGCUGAGCGCCCUGCUCGGCCUGCUCAGCAGCUGUGGAGCGGCCCGCCAGAGGUGGAGCUGCCAGUGGAGCGGCGGCGGAGGAGGAUGUGGCGGAUGUGGAGGGCACCGGGGUCGCAGUCGCCAGGCGGUGGCCUGCGAGGCCAGCUGCCACGAACAGGAGUUGGUCAAGAGCAGGCGGACUCCGAGGACAACGGCUGCCAGGGAAAGGAAGGAGCCACCACAGGAUAGCCAGCCAGUGCCCUCCAGAUCCUGGCUGUGGCCCACCUCCUGGCACACUUACCGGCUGACCUGCAGCAAAGUGCGAUACUUUAGUAGCCGGAGUAAGUUCAAAGCUCAGUCCAGGCCCAGUCGGAGUGGCUCCACUAGCUUUAAGGACUCCGCCAGCGGACUCCAGUGGAGUCCAGUGGGGGCUGGGUGCAUUAGGACUAGGAACUAUCGCUACUUCUACUACUACAACUACAACAUCAACGAUUGGUGGCGGAGAUGGUGGCGCUGCCUCAGCAGCGGCGCCUUAUAGUGCCUGCGAAGGAUAAGGAAGGGAUAGAGAAGGGAUACGGAAGGCAUUCGGAAGGACUUCCAUGACGACUCCCCUAGUGGACAGGCGAUAUACCAAAUACUAAUAAUAGCUAAAUCAGAAUCGAUGCAUUAUAGAUGUGGCAAUGGUCAAAACAAGAGACACACAGAACACAACACAACAUAACACACACCAGAUCCAUGGAUUACGAAUUAAACGAAACGGAAAACAGAAACCACUUAAAUAUUUAUGGUCCUCUUUCAAACGAAAUAAAAACAAGCAUGAAUUAAUUAUAAAUCUCUAUUGAAACAAAACCAAAAUAGCAUAUUUUAUUACAACUAGAACAAAGAAUAUGAAUAUUUAAUUAAACAAAAAGCAACUGCCACAAGAAUAGGUUUUUUAGAUAAACGAUAACGGAAGUAUAAAAGGAAACAAAAAAAAAGAAGAACAUUUAACAAAACGCAUACAACUAAAAUAUAAAAGGGGAUACCGACGGAAAAUAUAAAUAGUUAUUAAUUUAAUUACUGGCGAACAAAAAUACGAAAAGUUUAGGUUAGCUAUAAAAACCAAAAAAAGACGAAAAGAAAAAUCCAAAUUUACUAGACUAACAAUUUGAAGACGGCAACGGCGAUUAGAGAAAGUAAAAGGGCGGAAAAUUAAGACACCAUUUCAGUCGGAAAACAUCGUAUAGGCCGCGUAUCAACCACCUUUCAAAGAAAAAGCGAAACGUGAACUUUACUUAAAUUAGUUUAAAGCGGUAUAUAUAUGCUAUAUAUACCAUAGUCAAGGUGGGAGCGAUUUAAUUAACAAUUAAAACAAUUAACGGGAAUGGAAAACCAAAAGAAGCCGCAAAAGUGUCUAAAAACGUCUUUAUUUAGUUUAAAAAAAGAAUAAGAGUGGAAACGUAAACAUUUGUAUAAUCCCAGAAAAAAACAAAAGAGCCAAAAUGAAAAAGAGAAGAGUAUGUAAAGCGCACAGUAAAAACGUAUCUUUAAGAUUCAUCGACCGACAUAGCGAAUCUGCAUUCUGAAUCGGGUAAAAAACAGAAACAGAAACGGAAACGGAAGCAUUACCAGCAUAUAGAACCAUGCGCCACAUAGGUCAUACAUUUGAGUAUGCAUAUAUGAACGAUAGAUAUAGUCAAACAUGUGCAACGUAAGCCGCUAAAUAAGAUAGAGAGGCGUGGUCAGAAACCGAAACAGAAACAGAAACAACAACAAUAUACCUACUAUAUAAAUACUAACAAUGAAUAAUAAUACUUUUUGUAAUAAAGUGAACUCUAUGUAGCGUAUAUAUAUAUUAAUUAUAUAUAUGAAAUAUAUAUAUUUAUAUAAUAUAUAUUGUCUUAACAACUUAUCGUACAUAACUUGCAGCAAAAAAUGAAAACUAUGAGAAAACAAAAGAACAAAUAACAAAAACCGAAAACCAAACGAGAAACCCCGAACCCCUAACGGCGAAAACAAAACACGUAAAUAAUUAAGAAAUAUUGAAAUAAUUAGUCGUAUUUGGUAUUAACUAAUUAACUAUUAAAGUAAGAACUAAACAAUUUGAGAGAACCCUCUGAUAGAGCACACUCGCCCACACUCUCACAGAUAUAGGAAGACACCUUCUUUGAGCACUCCUAACGGUUCAGUUACAGUAAGUUUCCCCACCACCCAAUCACUUCCGAUCACCACCUGUCACUCCACUUCUUUGACAACCCCUCCUAUGUUUCCGGAAAGGUGUUUUUUUCGAUCUUCUUCUCUGAGGUCUAUUAUCGAACGGUUUAACCCACUGCAGGCAGUGUCGGAGUUACCAGGAUUUAAGUCUAUUAGGAAUGCUCUUCCGUUGCUAAAUCGGAACGUUUCCAGCAUGAAUUUCCACAACAAAUUUGCAUUACCAAAAACUGACGAAAUUACUUUAGGAGGAGAUAGGUUAGCAGGAUAGCAGGGCGGUAUGGAUUUUGUUAGAUGUCGUAGUAGUAACGUAAACAAUUUAACGAGCCUUCAUUACGAACCCUCCAUUUCUCUCCGAUUAGCCCCCCCCCCAUA